CCUUAACAUCCAACUGCAUUACCAAACCAAAAACCCAUGGAAUGACGGUGCCUUCCAUCCUCCGCCGAGUCUUCGUCCGGUCACAGCCAUUCACCACCACAUCCGGCGGCCCAAGAACCUUAAUUUCAGGCGUUUGCGAGUCGAGAUCUCACUACGGUACCUCCAGCGCCGCCGCCGAAGACUAUGUGACCGAAGGCCAGAAUGAGAAAAAGAAAGGUGAAUGGUUCACUUUACCACCUUUCACUUCCACCAUCGACGGUGAUGCGCUUGGAAAAGAGCUCUCUGGACGGCGUUCUACAACGAAAAGUGAAACCACCACUGGCGGUGGAACAACCUCCACGACGGCGCUCAAAUGGGUACUACGAUCUUGCCCGAAACUUCCGAGGUCUCUUGUACAGAAGCUCUUUCGGUUGAGACAGGUCCGAAGAGAGUCCUCAAACGUAGCAAGUUCUAAUGUGGUUAUUCAUCUUCAAGGACGGCGACUCAAGAGGGUGGCAGCAAAGGACUUGAUGAACCUUGGCGAUCGAAUAUACCUUCCUAAUACUGUUCAAGAGUUGCCUUCUGAGAAACCUGAGUGUAUUUGCAAUGAAGAAGAAAUGAAGUUUCUCCAAAGCCUUGAGUUGUAUAAGGAUCCAGCCAUCAUUGUUUUCAAUAAACCCCCUGGUGUGCCUGUUCAGGGUGGUGUAGGCAUAAAAAGAAGUUUAGAUGAACUGGCUGCGGCUUAUUUGAGAUAUGACAAUCCAGAACCACCAAGGCUGGUACACAGACUUGAUAGAGAUAGUAGUGGUAUCCUGGUGAUGGGGAGGACACAAUUAAGUGCCACUGUUCUGCAUUCCAUCUUCCGUGAGAAAACUUUUGGAGCUUCAAAUGAUGAUCAUGAAAAUAAAAUAAGGAUCUUGCAAAGGAGGUAUUGGGCUCUUGUCAUUGGAUCUCCCAGACGUUCAGCAGGAUUAAUCUCAGUACCACUGGGGAAGUCUACUCAGUCUUACCCAUCAUCCGCUGCUGCAAAAAUACAUUGGAGAAAAUGGGCAACAAGAGCUGAUGCUGCCAGGCUUUUCACUUUGGAUUUCUGAUUUAGCCGGACAGUGAAUUUUGGGGCACAUAGACAAGGCAUUGUCUAACCUUUGCACCGAGGGGCAAUGAAUUCUAGUCGUCAACCACAUGACACCUAGGAUGUCGGGGCAACAAAGUGAAUGUCACAUUGGCAGUCGGCAGUGGUACAGAUACAGUGUUAGGGACAGG